AUGAGCAGCAGUACGAAUAGCCAUUCCGGAGAUGAGAAAGCUUGCACUAUUGCUCCAGGUCAAGUUUUGGAAGCUUCACAGGCAACCACGGAGCAGCUGCUACGCCACGCCGUAGAACUCGCGCGUCAAGGCGUUCGCAAGCGCGCUGGCGGUCCUUUCGGUGCAGUUAUAGUCCGUAAACUGCCCGCGUCUGAGCAUAGUGGUAAGCAGUUCGUUGAAAUACUCGCUUCUGGUCAUAACUGCGUUUUGAAAACGCAAGAUCCUACGGCGCACGCGGAGAUGGUUGUGCUUCGAGAAGCUGCACAGCGACUGAAGCGUCGGAACCUCUCGGACUGCGAGCUUUAUACAUCUUGCUUUCCGUGCGCGAUGUGCUACGGGGCCAUAUGGUGGGCCAAAAUACCCCGUUUCUGGUAUGCUUCGAGGAGUGAGGAUGCCGCCGGAGCGGGUUUUGAUGACGCUCGCAUCUAUGAAUGCUUGAGAGGAACGGGUCACGCAGACUUGCGAGGUGAGCAUGUAACGAUUGCGGAACACCACGAGCCCUUCGAAGAAUACCUGGACGCUCUCAAACAUGGUCUAUCAGAACUCUAUUAA